CAGGCUUCAUAUCGUCACCCUCCUUCAAACUCAUCCCUUUAUAAUUAUUUCAUGUCCUGCUUAUUUUGACACUGAAUCUACUCACAGUAACCGCAUGACCCGUGUUUUUACAGUAGGGCCUCCCGACUGAAGAGAACUUCUUAUGAACGUUAAUCUUUAUUCCAACAGGCAGAUGCUAAUUUGUUUCAUGAAGUGUGUCCUGAAACAGCCUACAGGUACGGUCCUAUCAAAUUAAAAGCCCUGCCUUUUGAGCUGGGGCUUAAUCUAAACAAACCGUAAAGCAAACGAGACAGUGAUGAGAGGCUUCACUCGGUGCAGCGAAGCCGCAGUGGACUCCAGCAGCGGCGCAGUCCCUUCACGCCCAGUCUUUGCCCCGACGCUGCACCGACAGACGGACGGGACGGUGAUUGGACUUCUGUCCCGCCAAUCAGCAAUAUUUUCAUUUCUCCCCUCGCACUGACAUCACCAGGCGUGGCGACGCCCACCCCGGGCGCCCGUGCAGAUAUAGCGCAGUGCACAAGUUUGCACCAAUAAGACUGAACGUCACUAUUUUGUCCAUGAGAGGGAGUCGAGUUUCUCAUAUGCACCGUUUUCGGUGACUUUCACGACAGACCUGCAGAGCACAUUGACCCGACGAGGGGGGAACGUUGCUCCGCGGCGGCUGUUGUUUUCUUUUCAUCCUGUCGGUGGAAACGCACAAGUGCGGACGGACACUCAGUCGCUCGGGGUGUGCGUCGGUCAGUGCUCCGCUUCAGCCACAACUUCGCCUUCUGCCGCGGCCGGAGAACGACGGGGUUCAUGAUCACCAGGAAGCGCUCGGUUCCUCCACAUCUGGAUUAAUUCGCGGGCGACUUUUCCCCUUCGGUUCCCUGUUUUUAUUCUUUUGCUCCGAGGGAGACACGUUUUCUUUGUCAGAAUGUUGUGGAAAUUAGCCGACAACGUGAAAUAUGAGGACGACUGUGAGGAAAGGCACGACGGCAACAGCAAUGGGAACCCCCGGCUGCCUCACCUGCCAGCGGUCAGCCAGCACCUCUACAGCCCGUCUCCCUCCCUCUCACACUCGACCAGUUCGGACUUCCAGCCUCCGUACUUCCCGCCGCCCUACCAGCCCAUCUCCUACCCGCAGCCCAGCGACCCCUACUCGCACCUCGGCGACCCGUUCAACAUCAACUCCCUACACCAGCCUCCGUCGUCGAACCAGCAGCAGCCGUGGCCCGGCCGGCCGGGCCAGGACGGGCUCGGCGCGCACGCGCGGAGCGGCCUGACGAGCCCGAUCCUGGGCCUGGAUGGAGGCUCGUCCGGGGGCAGGUUCCGACGGCCGGAGCUGGUGCCGCCGCACGGGCACGGCCUCGAUGCCUCGGUUAUUGGCGAUAACAUAGGGAUGCACGACAUGGGACACGGACUGGAGGACGUCCAACAUGUAGAUGACCACAGUAUUAUUAUGGCAGAUCAGACAGUCAUCAAAAAAGUAUUAGGACUACGAGGUGGCAGGAACCUUGAUCGCGUACAGAGGACUUAUUAUGAGGGGGGCUUUCUGGCGGGUCCCGUGACGCUGCCCAAAGGCAACGCUCUGGGCCUCCCCUUCCAGAAGGAGUCCCUGCUGGGCAUGGUGUCCAACCCCACCGAGGUGUUCUGCUCCGUGCCGGGCCGCCUCUCCUUGCUGAGCUCCACCUCCAAGUACAAGGUCACCGUGGCCGAGGUCCAGAGACGCCUGUCGCCUCCGGAGUGCCUCAACGCGUCGCUCCUGGGAGGGGUCUUACGCAGAGCCAAGUCAAAAAACGGAGGCCGGUCCCUGAGAGAGAAACUGGACAAAAUCGGACUCAACCUGCCUGCAGGAAGGAGGAAGGCAGCCAACGUGACCCUGCUCACCUCGCUAGUAGAAGGUGAAGCCGUUCAUCUGGCGAGGGACUUCGGCUACGUCUGUGAAACCGAGUUCCCCGCGAAGGCCAUUGCCGAAUACCUGGGCAGGCCGCACGUGGAACGCAACGAGGUCAACUCCCGCAAGAACAUGCUCCUCGCUGCCAAGCAAAUCUGCAAGGAGUUCACGGACCUGCUCACUCAGGACCGGUCACCGCUGGGGAACUCUCGGCCGGCGCCCAUCCUGGAGCCUGGAAUCCAGGGCUGCCUGACUCACUUCAGCCUCAUCACCCAUGGCUUCGGCUCGCCGGCCAUCUGCGCCGCCAUGACCUCCCUCCAGAACUACCUGAACGAGGCACUCAAACAAGUGGACAAGAUGUACCUGAGCUCCGGCAGCGACACGCAGGGCUCGUCGGACAGCGGAGGCAAAUCCAGCGACAAAAUGGACAAGCACAGGAAAUGAGAGCUCGGAGGCGACCCCUAUGAACUCGAGAACCUUAGAGUCCCUUAAUCUCACUGCCCUUUUUGGACUUUCUUAAAAAAAAUAUUUAGUAUUGUCUUAUUGAAACUGAAUUGGUGUGAGUGUAUGUCUGUGACCUAUUCAAUUUAUAACUUUUUAAAUUUUUUUUAGAAGUUAAGAAUUUCUAAAGUCUUGUCACAGCUGGUUGCAAACCAGUCUGUGUUGGCACCUGUGAUAGACGCCUGUGGAUUGGUCUGGAUUGGGAUCCUGACCUAUUAAGACGCAAUCAUAGCACCGCAACUAUCCAAAACCGUUGCCAGUGCAGCCAUGCUGCAACCAUGGGACCUGCACGCCACUAACAAGAAGUAGAACUGAACAAAGCGCAUACAGUUGUUUUUUUUCUCGCCCUAGAGGACAUCAUUUCAAGAUGAGCUGCUGUGGCUGUGGAUUCCUCUCAGCACCACCCUCCUUCUCCUCCUCCUGCUCUGUCUAGAGGCAAAUCCACUGAUUUCCUGCGUCUCAAUGGAACUGCAAAGGACAUUUUUUAUAUGGAAAAAUAGAGAAGAUCCACUUCAUUGUCUUUAACUUUUUGUGCUGGAGUUGUACAACCACUUCAGUGUUAUUGUGCUUUGUUCAUGGAAGCUGAUUUGAAUCUUAUGUAGGCUCGUAUGGAAAAAAAGACAUUUACUUAGUUGUCUGGUUCUGUCUGUAACAGAACAGAGUGUUUUAAAGUUGGAACAGAAGCCUCCUCAGUGUUUGUGGAUUAAACGCAUGGUUUCAUGCAAAGCAAUGCUUCUACUGUUACUCUAUCUCUCGCAUCUGGCGGUGAGAACAUGUUUUUGUGACCAUUUUUAGAGACCCAUCAAUCUUUUAGUAUUUAAAAACCUCCAGGUAACAUCCACCUAUGAAACACUUAAGUCUUUCCAGAGUGUGUGUUGUGAGAAUGUGUGUAAAUGUACAUAUUCCUCGCUUUUAAAAUUUAAAAUGUUUUAGACAUUAAAUUCCAUAGAAGUUUAUGCAGUGUCUUGUCCUGGAUGUAAAUAUUUUCUAAUUUAUGUUGUAAUUUAAUGGGCUUCUGUAAAUAAUGGUAUUCCUCUGGUGUAUGGUUUCACUUUUUAUGACGUGUUAAACUUUUAUAAAUGGGUUAGUUUUUUAUCAGGUAGAUUUUAGAAAGUGGGCACAAGCUACUUUUAUGUAAAAAAAUGUUUUAAAGUUUUAAGAAAAUUAAAAAAAUAAAGCCUUAAAUCUGA